UAUGAUUGGCUCUUACGACGUGCAACAAAGUAUCAUCUCUAGCGCUUUUACAAGGCUUUUUUUUUCACACACGGUUUGCAAAGCCAUCAAAAAGACUAAAAUGGCGCUGAGUUCAAGCUCCAAGAAAAAAGUUUGCUACUAUUAUGAUGGUGAUGUCGGGAAUUACUACUAUGGCCAGGGACAUCCAAUGAAGCCCCACCGCAUCCGCAUGACCCACAACCUGUUGCUGAACUAUGGCCUCUACAGAAAGAUGGAGAUAUAUCGUCCUCACAAAGCCAAUGGUGAGGAGAUGACCAAGUAUCACAGUGAUGACUACAUUAAGUUUUUACGAUCCAUCCGGCCAGACAACAUGUCUGAGUACAGCAAACAGAUGCAGCGAUUUAAUGUGGGGGAGGACUGUCCAGUGUUUGACGGACUGUUUGAGUUCUGCCAGCUGUCCACGGGAGGCUCUGUUGCGGGUGCUGUGAAGCUGAACAAGCAGCAGACGGACAUAGCCAUCAACUGGGCUGGGGGCUUGCAUCACGCCAAGAAGUCCGAAGCCUCGGGUUUCUGCUACGUCAACGACAUCGUCCUGGCUAUCCUCGAGUUACUGAAAUACCACCAGAGGGUUCUCUACAUCGACAUCGAUAUCCACCACGGAGACGGCGUGGAGGAGGCCUUCUACACCACGGACCGCGUCAUGACCGUGUCCUUCCACAAGUACGGGGAGUACUUCCCUGGCACCGGAGACUUGAGGGACAUUGGUGCAGGGAAGGGAAAAUAUUAUGCAGUGAAUUACCCACUGCGGGACGGGAUCGACGACGAAUCGUACGAAGCCAUCUUUAAGCCGAUCAUGGCCAAGGUGAUGGAGAUGUACCAACCUUCUGCUGUGGUGCUCCAGUGUGGAGCAGAUUCUUUGUCUGGAGAUCGGCUUGGCUGCUUUAACCUCACCAUCAAAGGCCAUGCCAAGUGUGUGGAGUACAUGAAGAGCUUCAAUCUGCCCCUGCUGAUGCUGGGCGGCGGGGGCUACACCAUCCGCAACGUGGCCCGCUGCUGGACCUACGAGACGGCCGUGGCCCUGGACAGCCCCAUCCCCAACGAGCUGCCGUACAACGACUACUUUGAGUACUUCGGGCCGGACUUCAAGCUGCACAUCAGCCCGUCCAACAUGACCAACCAGAACACCAACGACUACCUGGAGAAGAUCAAGCAGCGUCUGUUUGAGAACCUGCGCAUGCUGCCCCACGCGCCCGGCGUGCAGAUGCAGGCCAUCCCGGAGGACGCCGUGCAGGAGGACAGCGGCGACGAGGAGGAGGACGACCCCAACAAGCGCAUCUCCAUUCGGGCCCACGACAAGCGGAUAGCAUGCGAGGAAGAGUUCUCCGACUCGGAAGACGAAGGCGAGGGGGGCCGGCGGAACACGGCCAGCUUCAAGAAGGCCAAGCGCACAAAGACGGAGGGCGAGAAGGAGGCCGAGGAGAAGGAGAAGAAAGAAGUGAAGGAAGAAGAGAAGCAGCCCGAAGAGGAGAAAAUGGACACGUCGAAGCCGAAAGAAGAGUCCAAGACGCCCUGAGAUGGCCGACUCCUGGGAGACCGGGGUCAAGUGUACAGAAGGAAUUUGGAAAAAGUGGUUGUGUUUUAUUGGCCCCCUCCUAACCAUACGUAUUUUCGGUGCCAAACUGGAAAUUAAUGGAUGAAAGACUAUACUUUUUAAAAGGUAUGACCCUUGGGUCCUUGUAAGGUUUAGUUUUUUUUUAGGUUAACUAUUGAGUAACAUUCAUGAACUUGAGGUGAUGACGUUUUUAUGUAUUUUGUAUUUGUACAUGUUAUUUUUUCAUAAUCUGCGAUAAAACCUUGCUUUGAUCCUUAGAGGUCGGGUAGAGUGUAAAAAUGGUUUAUUACAUGUAUCAUUUUUAUACGCGUCCUUUUGCAUUCAAUUAAUUUAAGUCAUCAAAAUUGUGGCUACUUCAAUUUUAUGUCUUUUAGUCCCAUUUUUGUCCUGUGCCUUUUUGACAAACUUGACAUAAUAUACCCCUAGCAUUAAAGGAAUUCAGUCCUCGUAAAGGACCUUUUACAAUAUUAAGUUUAAUAGGUUGUAUACAUAUGAAAUGGUCCUAAUGGAGUCACUGACACAUUAGCUGGAACCUUUCUGUGUGUUUAGCCUAGAGACAUGCAGAACUCUGAUCCAAUAGUCCCCUAGGUUAUCUUGGGACUUGAAUGUCCAAUGUGCUGUAUUAUAUUCUUGUAAAAGGGGAGGUAAGAGUGGUAUAUAUUGUUUUGUUCUUUGAACGUUGUUCCAACAGCCUGCUCGUGACUUUCGUAGCAUUCUGGGACAAACUCUGGUGUAUAGACCACGUUUUAAUAAAAAAAAAUAGUAAAUAAAUGUUCACUUGAAUUAUCAUCUUGAGUCCAAAAGCAUAUUGUGCACAUGAUGAAGUUAACAGUAGUUCCUACAAUUACAAAAUAACAGCAUUUAUAACAUUGUUUACAAAGUACUUAUACUUUUGAGAAAUUGAUAUUUUCUCAUGUGAAUAAAGCAAUUUGAUCCCACCAA